CCAAGGGAUACAGCUGGCCUACUUCAGCGUUCUGCCUUUGUGCCUCUGUGGAGUCAUUGUAUGUGUGUGUGAUAGGUGCCCGUCGACUUGUGUGUGCGUGUGGGCGUGUGUAGCCCCACUUCCAUAUUUUCGGCAGGGGCCAAAGGUGGGGUGGUAAGGGGGACCGCUUGGGACCAGGGAGGUUGAGGGGGGGCAGGCGGCCCAUCCAGCGAGGCGUCGCCAUGACAUCCCUCCUGAUGAGGAUCUUCCGCAUGGGCACGGAGAAGAAGAGGGUGAAGCAUUAUGAGAACCUGAGGAGGGAUGAGGACCCGCGGGAGAGCUGGGACACUUUGGGGGAGCUGGGAGACGGAGCCUUCGGCAAGGUUUACAAGGCACGCAAUCAGGCGACAGGAGCCCUGGCCGCGGCUAAAGUGAUGGAGGUGCGGAGUGAGGAGCAACUGGAAGAUUACAUCAUUGAGAUCGACAUAUUGGCAGCCUGUCGCCAUGGCAACAUUGUGACGCUGAUGGGUGCCAUCUUCUUUGAAGGAUGGUUGUGGAUCCUGAUUGAAUUCUGUCCAGGAGGUGCCCUUGAUGACAUCAUGCUGGAGCUGGAGAGGGGUCUUUCAGAGCAGCAGAUCAGUGAGGUGUGCUGUCAGACUCUGCAGGCUCUGUCCUACCUGCACCAGCACCACAUGAUCCACAGAGACCUGAAGGCUGGAAACAUACUGCUGACCUUGGAGGGCCAGGUCAAACUGGCGGAUUUUGGAGUGUCUGCAAAAAACGACAGCACCCUACAGAGACGAGCCACCUUCAUCGGAACACCUUACUGGAUGGCCCCAGAAGUGAUCCAAUGCGAUACGUGCAAGGACAACCCCUACAGCUGCAAAGCGGACAUCUGGUCCCUGGGCAUCACCCUUCUGGAGGCAGCGGAGAUGGAGCCCCCACACCACAACCUCAAUCCCAUGAGAGUCCUGCUGAAGAUCACCAAAUCGCCACCCCCCACACUCACAAACCCCCGCCUCUGGUCAUCCCAUUUCCAGGACUUCCUGCGCAGGGUACUGCAGAAGAACCCUGAAACCCGAUGGGGGGCACAGCAGCUCCUUGCACAUCCCUUCUCCUGCGCAGGACGGGAUGGCAGGGCCCUGAAGGAGCUCAUUGCUGAGGCAAAGGCCGAGGUCACUGAGGAGAUCGAGGCAGAGUCUUUACCAGACCUUAAUCAGGCCCUGGCUGAAGAAAUAUCCCUGGAUCCAGAAAAGGGGACAACAAACAUCCCAUCAGGAGACACAGCGCAAGAUGGUGGCCUGGCACCUGAUUGCCAAAACCCGCAGGAAGCCCCAACCACCUUGGAGCUCAGCCCAGACCACCCCAAAACUAACCCCGCACCUCCUACCCAACAGGACGGAGAGUGUGGGGGAGCCGCGGUGUCCAGGAGGGCAUCCCGUGCGAAAGAGAAGGCCCAGAAGCGAGCAAGGCGUCUAUCAGUCCCCGGAACCCUGCUAUCCCUGUUUACCAGCACCUCUCGACGCUGCAAGUCUGGCUUUUGGGCAGACAGCCCGGUGGUACUGCCAGGUCAGAAGGAACCAAAUGAGUCGGGGGAGGGGGCAGAGGGACAGGCUGCCACAGGCUCAGUAGAGAGGGAGGAGGGAACAGAGGUACAGAAUAAGGGCCCAGUCUCUGCCAAGGCAGAAGAGGCUGAAGCCUCCCUUCCCAGCCUCACUGUGCCUGAGAAUGGUGCCGAGAUCCUGGACAGGAAGGAGGAGGCAGGAAGUUCUCAAACAGAUGGGAGAGAAGGAGGAGCUCAAAUAGAGCAGUCAGAAGGAGGAGCUCAAACAGAGCAAACAGAAGGAGGUGCUCAAAUAGAGGAGUCAGAAGGAGGAGCUCAAACAGAGGAGACAAAAGGUGGAACUCAAACAGAGGGGACAGAAGGGGGAGGUCACAUAGAGGAGUCAGAAGGAGGUGCUCAAAUAGAGCAGUCAGAAGGAGGAGCUCAAACAGAGGGGACAGAAGGAGGAGCUCAAACAGAGGGGACAGAAGGAGGAGCUCAAACAGAUCAGACAGAAGGAGGAGCUGAAACAGAGGGGUCAGAAGGAGGUGCUCAAACAGAGGGGACAGAAGGAGCUCAAAUAGAGGAGUCAGAAAAAGGUGCUCAAAUAGAGCAGUCAGAAGGAGGAGCUCAAACAGAGGGCACAGAAGGAGGAGCUCAAAUAGAGGAGCCAGAAGGAGGUACUCAAAUAGAGGAAUCAGAAGGAGGAGCUCAAACAGAACGGACAGAAGGAGCAACUCAAAUGGAGGGGACAGAAGGAGGUGCCCAAAUAGAGCAGUCAGAAGGCGGUGCUCAAACAGAGGGGACAGAAGGAGAUGCCCAAAUAGAGCAGUCAGAAGGAGGUGCUCAAACAGAGGGGACAGAAGGAGAUGCAAUGCUGAAGGUAGUUUUGCCUGAAGAACUAAGUUUGGGAUCUCCCCAACAGGGCCCGGAGCCAGCUAAGAACCAGACAGGCAGUGAAGCUAUGAUUGAUAUUUCUAACGCCCAUCCAGUUUCCAACCAGAGUUCAGAAACUGUGACAUCAGGUGACAAUGUCAGCAAGGAUGUCCUGGUAACUGUCAGCUCGGUGGAGAAUGGAGCAGAAAGCCAGGUGGCCCUAGCAGCCACUGAUAUAGUGCCACCUGCCACCGUGGUGGAACCCCAAUUCCGGAUCACCAAGGUAUGUCUCUCCUCACUCCUACUGCAGGGUGCCCUGAUCCCUGCCUUAUGUUUGGAAAUGCCCAGGACUCGCGCAGGGGAGGAGGAAGAGGUGGAGCCAGGUCUCUCAGUGACAGAUCGCCUUGACUUAUCUGUAGGGGGAGCAGCCAUAAGACACAUGGGUAUGGCAGGGGAAAAUGGAUAUUCUGUGAACGAUGAUAAAGAACGAGUGACUGAGGACAAUGAGGUUGUGGGGUAUAGGGAUGGAGGGCGAGAGGAAGAAAAGAUGGAGAAGGGUGGAGGAAGGAAGGAUGUCCCUCCUGCUGAGGUGAAUGGGAAGGAAAGACAGGAAGAGAUGAAAGAGGGAGAAAGGGAACAUGAAGGAACAAAUGAAGGAAAGCUGGAGGAGGGACGAGAGGAAGGAACGGCAGAAGGAGAAGAGGAGGAGAGAGGGAGUAAGGAGGCAGAGAAGAUAGUAGAUGGAGAGACAGAUGAGGAGGGAAGCAGUACAAAAGGAGAGGGAAGACAAGACGUGGUUCUGACAGGCACAAAUGAAGUGACCUUGUGUAAAGAGGGCGAUGGACAGGAAGACAGACAUGAAGUCGUUGUGAGCAAAGACCUAGGUCAAGACGAGAAUGCGCCGUCGGAAAAAGAGACAGAGACGGGACCAUCGCUGGCCCAAGGAGAGGUGGAGAGAGAUGGGGGGACAGAUGAGGGAAGAAAGGAAGAGGAGGCAGAGGCAGGGAAAGAAGAGAGAAAAGAGAGAAAAGAGGUGGUGAGGACAGAGGAAAGUGGGGAAGAGAUUAAACUGGCUGCCCUCAGAGAAACAGAUGAAGGUGACAGAGUUCAGGUGCAGGAAAGAGAAAAUGAAAGAGAGAGGGCAGAGAAAGAUGCACAACCAGAGGAGUGCAAGAGGGUUGGAGAAGGGCAGGCCAGGCUAACUGAGGCACGGGAGACAGCCGAUAAAGACGGAGAGAGUGAGGAGGAAGAGGGGAAGAAGAAGCGGCGGAAGAACCGGGAGAAGGGGAGCAUCAGGUACAGGAAAUCCACCAGGAGGGUGAACUUCGCCUGGGAUGCGAUGGGAGGUUUGGAGGAUGUAGCGAAAAGAGAGGAGGCGAUGGAGGAGAGGAGCGCAGAGAAUGGUAGUGUGGCCACCACUUCGCAAAGGACAGAUCAGGACCUCCCGGAUGGGACAUGCUUGGAAUCCAACAAGACUCCAACCGCAGAGGACUGCCCCCAACCGUCUAACAGUAGGAACAAAAUCAGCAAGGUGGUCCCAGGACCUGAUGGGGAAAUCACCCACAACAGGAAGACGGUUAAAAAAACACGGAAGUUCAUGGUGGAUGGACGGGAGAUGAGUGUCACCACGUCCAAAGUCAUCAACGACAGUGACAGUAAGGGGGACCAGAUGCGGUCAGUCAGGCGGCAGGAGCUGCACGCCCUCAAGCUACUACAGAAGGAGGAGCAGAGGGAGUACACACAGCUAGAUCAACGCCUGCAGCAGCAGCGGGAGCAGAUGUUCCGGCACAUUGAGCAGGAGAUGACCAGUAAGAAGAAGUACUACGACGGGGAGCUGGAGCGGGUGGAGCGACAGUACCGGCAGCAGAGCGAGCGGAUGGAGGCGGAGCACACGGUGCGGCUGAGGGACGAGGCUCACAGGCUGAAGGCCCAGCAGGAGCGGGAGACGAGCCGCAGGGGAGCGGCGCUCAGAGCCGACCCCAGGGAGGAGCAGCGGUUCAUGCAGAAGCAGCAGCAGGAGCUGAAUGAGGCCCUGCAGAGAGCUGUGCAGGACCACAAGAGGAAGGUGGCCUCUAUGGAGUGGGAGAUCACAGCCAAAUCACAGCAGCUCAAAAGAGCCCGUGAGUCAGUCAUCUGGGAACUGGAACAGCGCCAUCUGCAGGAGAAGUACCACUUGUUUAAGCAGCAGGUGAAGGAGCAGUACUCACUGCAGAGACAGCAGCUCAUCAAGAGGCACAGCAAGGACAAGGAGAGGGCCUCCCGCUUCCACCAAACCCUGCUGGAGGAACAGCGCACCCUCCAGGUUCAGGAGAGGGCCCAGCUGCAGCGUUCCCAGAGGGCCGAGACCAAGGCCCGGCUGGCUCAGUACAAGCUGGACCUGAGGGCCCAGGGCCUCUCUGGCCCCGAGCAGAGACAGCACCUCACACAGUUUGUGUCGGAGGAAGAGUCCCGGCAGAAACAGGAGAGGCAGAGCCUGCAGCAGACCCACGAGGCACAGCUGAACGAGCUGCAGGAGCAGUGCGACGGCAACAUCGCAGAGCUGCAGCAGAUACAGAAUGAGAAACUACAGCUGCUGGUGGAUAGAGAGAAGAAGAAGAUCAGGGGGCUGGAGGAUGAACACACACUGGAGCUGAAUGAGUGGAGAGACAAACUGGCCUGCAGGAAAGAGGUGUUAGAGGAAGACCUGGCUCGCAGACGCAGAGAGAAGGAUGGUGCGCGCAGACGGGCCAGUGAGCCUGAAUCCAGAAACACCAGCCGGCGCCCACGAUUCCUCAACAGCAUCAGCUUCUCUUAGUCAGGCGUACCCUCACACACGUGUACACAGACACAAAAAACUCAUUAUAUGGGCCGUCCAAUUUAAUUCAAUCUUUCUCAACAUGAAGUUAUCAUAUGGUGCAUGUUUCCAGGAAAUACAGCCUGCACUUUCCUUUCAUCACACGCUCAAUGAAGAAUUUCUUUAACCAAACACUGUUGUAAAUAUCUAAACAAUACUUUUUUGGAAAUAACAACCUUUGUGAAAAUAGCAGGAUGAAGUAAAUAAAUGCAAGCUACUCAAA